GAUUACUGUCAUCUCCAUUCUUUAUCUCAUAUGUCAGUGAAUGGUCCCUCCUCUGCAGAAAAGUGGGUUCCCUUGAUCGAAGAUCUCACCACACUCACAUACAUCCUCAUCGCGUCUACUUACACAUCUACUUCCACAACACCAUCACCAUCACUAUCUCCAUCUCCAAUCAACAGAUCAGAACAACAAACCAUCCCACCAACAUCAUCAAAAUGUCCAACACCACAACCACAACCACAGCCACCACCAAUACCAAUAACAACCCGCACAACAUCCCCCCCUACACCCCCAUGACCUCCCUCUCCCACGAACUCGGCAUCCUCUUCGGUUUUCUGGCCGCCUGUUUCAUCGUAAUGGGCGUGUAUGUUUUCUUCUGGAGAGCCGCCGAAUUCCGCGAAGAACGCGCACAAACCCUUCGACGACAAAUGCUUCUCACGCGGGGGAUUCAUCACGGACGGGGUGGAAUCGGGGAGAAGUUCAUCACUCAUCAUCAUGGACAUGUGCAUGAUGGGAGGUGUUUGGAUGGGAGUGCAGGUGCUGCUGCUGCUGCUGCUGGCUUACAUCAGAGGAAUAAUAAUAAUUAUAUCACGCCGGAGAAUUCUGCGUCUGCUGGGAGUGGGGGGACUUUGUAUAAGCAAGAGAAUGAGAAUGAGAUUGGGGUGGCGUUGACGACGGGGAUGGAUGUGGGUGUGGGUAUUGUUGCGUCGCCGAGUUUGGGGCCGAUGACUCCGACUUCGGUUUCUGCUUCUGGUGCUGGGAGGGAGAUUCCGGUGGGUGGGUUGAGUAGGAUGAAUGUGAAUCAGGGUGCUGCUGCUGCUGCUGGUGUUGGUAGGGAUGAGGUGGAGUAUGGGGUUGAGAUGGAUGUAUUGGGGUUUUUGCAACGGGGACGGUAA